UAUGUGUGAUGCUAUGGUUCAACAGUUGCAUGUUGCUGUAGGCAUGGGUGCAAUAAUGGGAGCACAUUAUUCCGAUCGCAAUCUGUGUGCAGUGCAUACUUGUUGCGUGAGCGUCACUAGACCGUAAUGUGUGUGUAGUUUACUCCCAGACAGAUGUUAUCCAGCUUCCGGGAAGGUACGGUACAUCCAGAUACACCUGUACGCUACCUGCACUUACAGCAUCACAGUUGCAGCCAAACCCUCGGAUGAUGGAGUACGCAUCGAUGAUGUUGCUACCGUUGCUGGUGUCCGCGUCGUACGCGAUUGUCACACCAUACCAGCUAGUGCCGGAAUGUGCCGCAGAUGCAGUAUUUAUCGUGCCCAACUUUAAGGCAAACUGGUUCAAGGCGACCGAAUACUGUCACUAUUUGGGCCGCACGCUAGUGACGGUGGCGACGGAGCAGAAGCAGCAAUCCAUCGACCAGCUGUUGGACGGUGCGGGUCACUAUCCGCGCGAUCAGUCGUACUGGUGCGGUGCGAACGAUCUGGCGGACGCCGGCCACUUUCACUGGCAUCUGACGGGCCGCCCCGUCGCCCUCGGGUGGACUAACUGGCGGGACGAGCUACACCGCCGCGAGCAGACCACCGAGAUGGAUGCGUUCAAGGUCCGGUGCGUCUCGAUGUCACGCACUGCCGACGAUGUUGAGGAGUUGCUGCAGCAGCAGCAGGAGCAAGAGCCACCACCACCAGCACCACCCGCAGCGUCAUGGAUCUGGACAGUGUCCAACUGCUGGCAGGAGCUGUACUUUAUCUGCGAACGUACCGGCGUAUCGGGGUGCCGGUGAGCUGGCUGUACCACCGAGAUUGGCCUACUUUGGACGUACACACCGCGCACCCUUCAAUAAUCUUAAUGAAUUCAUCUAAUUAAUAUACACACGUU